GACGUCAGCUUCCAGUUUGCUGAGAAACAAACAUGGCGACAGACUGGAUGGGUUGGCAGGGAUAUACGCGAACUUUCAUAGUUUUUCUAUGUUGUACGGUAGGCACAGGAGCAGAGACAGGGGUCCCGGAGACCGGUAGACUCACCCGGAUUUUUGGCAUGCGGUUAGAAAGGAGCGACAAGCCUGCAAAAACCACUGACGACGGUGUGAUUGAGGUAACAGAAGAGAGCAACAUCUUCAUGAGGUUCUAUGGGCUGCAGAUUCUUCCUGACACCUCGAAGCAGAUCAGAUUUACGGAACACGAGCACAAGGAAGGUGAUCUUACCAGAAACUAUUCCCCUUUUAACAGGACAUGUGUCGACUUUAGCAAAGAUAUCGUUAUAACGGGUGGCAUGAACAUCAGCCACCUUGGAACUUCAGGGGUGUUGAGUUUAAAUAUUAAACCGCUCAGAAAGAGUGAGUCCCAGAAGGAAUAUGGACUAUGCGUCCGGGACAGCCAGGACGGCAGUUGGUACCUGUUGGGCGAAGAUGACGGGAGACUGCGUGUGGUGGAGGAAAAGAAGUUAAUACUUCCUAUGUGGUUGCAGUGCGUUCUCAUAUGCUGCCUGCUGAUACUAUCAGGCAUGUUCAGUGGGCUUAACCUGGGACUCAUGGCACUGGAUCCGAUGGAGCUCCGGAUUGUCCAGAACUGCGGUACCGAGAAGGAGAAAAGGUACGCGAGCAAAAUCGAACCCAUUCGACGGAAAGGAAACUAUCUAUUAUGCUCCUUGCUCCUGGGUAACGUGCUUGUCAACACAACUCUCACUAUCCUUUUGGACGACUUGAUAGGCUCAGGUAUGGGUGCUGUGGUGGCCUCCACUAUAGGAAUUGUCAUAUUCGGGGAGAUUGUGCCCCAGGCUCUGUGUUCUCGUCACGGCCUGGCUGUAGGAGCUAACACCAUCUUGGUGACCAAGUUCUUCAUGCUGGUCACCUUCCCCCUGUCAUGGCCCAUCAGUAAACUUCUUGACUGUGUGCUGGGCCAGGAGAUUGGCACCGUGUACAACCGAGAGAAGCUUGUUGAGAUGCUGAGAGUAACGGAACCGUACAACGACCUGGUCAAAGAGGAGCUGAACAUGAUCCAAGGCGCGCUCGAGCUCCGGACGAAAACCGUUGAAGACGUAAUGACGCCAAUCACUAACUCAUUUAUGAUUCAUAGCGACGCGGUGCUGGAUUUUAACACAAUGUCAGAGAUAAUGGAGAGCGGAUACACACGCAUUCCGGUGUUCGAGGACGAGCGGUCCAACAUCGUGGACAUCUUGUAUGUGAAAGACCUGGCUUUCGUUGACCCGGAUGACUGUACGACGCUUAAGACCAUCACCAAGUUCUACAACCACCCGGUGCAUUUCGUGUUUCAUGACACCAAGCUGGAUGCCAUGUUGGAGGAGUUCAAAAAAGGUAAGUCCCACCUGGCCAUUGUUCAGAAGGUGAAUAACGAGGGGGAGGGUGAUCCAUUCUACGAAGUGCUUGGAUUGGUCACAUUGGAAGACGUCAUUGAGGAGAUCAUCAAAUCAGAGAUCCUGGAUGAGUCUGACUUAUACACUGACAAUAGCAGAAACAGGAAGAAGGUGGCGCCCAACAAAAACAAGAGGGACUUCUCUGCCUUCAAACAGAGCGAAAGCGAAUGCAAAGUCAAAAUCUCCCCUCAGCUUCUAUUGGCCGCUCACCGCUUCCUGGCAACAGAAGUGACAUUGUUCAGCCCGCCCCAAAUCUCCGACAAGGUUCUGUUGCGGAUUCUGAGACACACGGACGUCAUUCAGGAGAUCAAGUUCAACGAUAGUGACAAACGCAGUCCUCAACACUACAUCUACCAGAAAGGGAAGCCUGUCGACUACUUCAUACUCAUCUUACAGGGUCGAGUGGAGGUGGAGGCCGGCAACGAGAACAUGAAGUUUGAGACUGGUCCCUUCUCCUUCUACGGUGUCAUGGCCCUUAGUGCUCCCACAUUAGUGGUGUCGUCUCGUCCUCGACACCUCUCUCUAAAGAGGUUCUCUCUGUUCUCCAGGUUGCCAGAGUUCCGCUCGCCGUCCCGCAUCAGUGGGUUGAACCGGACAGCAUCUCUGAGCGCUGCGGAUCGCGCCGAGUCGCUCUCGGCCAGCGGCAGCAGCAGCCAGCUCAACGCUCAGUUCUCCGCCCCCUCGCCAACGUACACUCCCGACUUUUGCGUGCGAGCUCUGACAGACCUGCAGUUCGUCAAGAUCACGCGGGCCCAGUACCAAAACGGCCUGAUGGCGUCUCGUGUGGACUCCUCGCCCCAGUCGCCUGACUGCAGCCAUCCUCACCUGGACGGUAGCGCUGCCCAGGACUGCCUUUCCUCGUCCGACAACCCGACCCCAGAGACCGCCCCACUUCUGGUGGACGAGACCACCUCACUCCUCAAUGAGCGCAACUGCCUGACACAGAACCAUCGCAACCAGGAAGACAACAGCAUAUGACACACGCAACUACGCUCAUUAUGUGUGUGUAUAUAUAUAUAUAUAUAUAUACACACGUACGCAAGGACUUUGGAGCCUGUGCAUGUGUGUGGACCAUGACCAACUUCCAAUCAUCAUUUCCAUGUACUUCUGUGCAAUGUGGCUCUGUCAAUCUGCGUUUGUAUGCGAUUGUGUGGGUCAGUGUGUGUUUGUGCACGCAGUAUGUGUGUCUGUUGGAUAUUUUAGACCGAGACCAAAACACACGUUUUGCUUUAAUAUCGUAGAACAGUGUCUAACGAGGAGAGAGGGUUGAAGGGGUUAACGAAGGAGUUUCCCUCCCCCGUAUCCUGUAUAUUAUCUCCUCAUAUUUGUCCCUGCACUCCACCAUUGGUUUUAUCAACAACACAAGUGGUUUUUAUAUUGAUCAAUAGAUUAUUUUUCUCCUUUUUAUAUCAAAAGGGCCAUCAGGGUCAGAAGCUGAGUUCAUGGUUGAAGGUACCCAUGUUUGUUAGAGAGAAUGUGUUCAGCACACUAAUGAAACGUUGAUACGUUUUGGUCUGGACUAGUUUCAUCAGGCGUGCGUGUGCGUGUGUGGGCGGGCGUUCGUGGGUGUGUGGGCGUGCCCGUCUGGGUGUUUUGUCCUUCCCCUUACGGCUGCCUCUGCUCUUGUUCUGUCGCCAGUGUAAAGCCACGUAACUCAGGAAAACUCAUGCAGACAGACAGAAUCACCGCUGACUGCUAUAGACGCAUGUGUAGCAACCCAUUUCCCUUAACCCAGUGUUAACCAUACAGCUUAAGUCAAAGACCAAUCACAGCCAAGCAUGUCAAAGACAAAACAAAGUCAUGUUACAAAUAUGUAGUGCUAUACUGAAUGAGAAUAAUGCUAUUUAUUAAUUCAAUGUAUGCUAAGAGAUUUUUUUUUUGUAUCUGUGGAUAUUAAUUCUAACGUGUAGAUUAUUCACCAUUAUGACUUGCCCUUGGAGGUUUGUGGUGAUGUCCACAACCGAAGACAACCAGUCGUUUAGAAAGAGGCCUUUUUUCCCCACAGGUGACAACUGAUUCAUUGUUGAUGGAUUGUGUUUAAGACAAUCAAUAUGAUUAUAAACGUGGGAGAUGUGCAGGGUACGUUAUUGUAAAAAUGUGGAUAAAGACUUCCUACUUUUUAUGAGAAGAGGUGGAUUAGGUUUUUGGGCCCUUAAAAGCUUUAGGGUUUGUCUUUGCCUGUUUGGUAAAUGACGAUCACAUUUGGAACGGUUACCAAAAUCCAGUACUGACAGUAAAAGACAUUGAUAUCAAUAAAUGACUGUAUUUAUUUUCUGUAUGAUUGAAGUUGUAUAGGCCUAUGUUUUGAGUGUAUUUCUUUGCUCAUUGAUGUAAAUACUUUUGCCUGUGUUUUAUAAUAUAGCAUUUUCAUUGAAAAUACAGUCUUUUAUUAAGAUAUUUCUUCUAAACGGAGCAGCUGAAUGUGGUGGUAUUCAAAUAAAUGUUGGUAGCCUACUCUAGUCCCUUGCCCAUCGCCUGAAGAUGUACAUGUUUGACAUUUAAAAAUGAUUUCCAGACCUGUCAAAGAAAUUUGCCUAGGGAUUUAUCGAUUGAGUAACAAGGUGACAUAUAAUUUUACCAGAUCGGUAGUAUUGACCCCAAUAAUCACAUAUGUCUAUGUAUUUCCUAGUCAAAUGUUUUGUAGAUCAAAAAUAGAUAAACAUUUUGAUAGAUCAUUUGUCUGAAGUAAUGUUGUUGCGCUGGGCCAGUAGGCCUACCCACACUUCCUUUACAUUAACAUGUUUAAAUUAACAGAACCAAAACUGGACUGGUUUUCCUGACGGGAAAUUAUCAAGCACUUUGUCUACAACGUAUUUUUUUUCGUUUUUAAUUGGGAUAUGGAGUAACGAUGAAUCCAGAGGAUGUUGAUGAAUUGAAUCAUUUCCCUUUUUUUUUUUUUUUUAUAAAUGGGUUUGUUUUGGAGUUAAUACGGUAUGUUGAACUAUUUCACUUGUUUAAAGGAAGGUUGAGGCCUGAAUGUCUACAGAUAUGUUGGGAACUGUACAAACAACACAAAGAUCCAUAGAAGUGUCCCCAUACAAUCUCUAACACUUUCAGGAGAAUGGUGGGGAAUCUUAAUGUGGCCUAGGGGACAAUCAGCAAAUUAUUAAUUUGAAUUUAGUAUAUGGUACAACAAUGAUCAGUAUUUAAUGAAAUACGAGGAUGGCUGGUGACUCACCCAACUGGGUUCUAUGACACCGGAUUAUAAUAAUUAGCUUACUGAUCAGCUCAAUCAGGUUAGUGACGAUCGGAGUUUGAGCAGAAACCAACAGAACCCUUCCCCAACUGAGUAAUCAUUGUGUUGAAUCUAUUUGAUCCCUGCAAGGCAGAAAGUUUUUAAACCAAAUGACUCCACAUUCCAAUGCACACAAAUCCUGUUAAGUGGCAUUGGUGCUGUCUAUUUAAAGGGUAAAUCUGUGAUUGUUGUUUUAUGAACUGCUGAUUGCCAUUACAGUGAAUAUAUUGUGGGAUGUAUCACAGAACACUAUGCCUUCAUUCCUUGUCAAUAGGUAUUCUAAGAACUCUGAGUUCUGUCCAUUCUUUGCUAUACCAUCUGCAAUGACCCACCUACAGUUCUGGGGGGCCCAACCUAUGUAUUAAGUGCAGCUAGGCAUUAUUACUUCCAGUAUACAUUUUAGCAUGACAUGUACAGUAACAUUCAUGCUUAAUACCUUGGAGGACACUGUCUAUUACACUAGUUUUGAUAUAAAAACUGAUGUUGGACUGUUGAAAACAAAAGCACUUUAGAAUUGAAGUAUUCCUGGUCGGUUCACCAAGUUGCCAAAGUUGCCACUUUCAUAAUUUCCUUUGUCUGGUCUGGUAUCAACUGUGACUUCUAUCUAUUCAGUGAACCAUUUAUUCAAUAUCUUAGAUAACAGAUACAUGGGGUGAGUUCUAUUUCCUACUUAUCCCCUUUUCACCUAUGUAUUCCAGGAAAUUUGUUGAUCAGUUGUGAAAUUGGCACCCCCCCCCUCCCACACACACACACACACACACACACACGUCAUCAAAAUCACUAACUUUCAAACUUGGCAUUUCAUGGCUUAAUGAAAUAGUAUAGUAAUUCUACUUAUGCAGACAUAACACAGGAAGUUGCUUGUAAUAGUCCUAGACUGCCUCUGGACUCUUUCUAGUCAAACUGGACCUUGGCUGAAUGUUUGCCUCACUUGAGCAUGUUUUUAAGUCAUGGUGAAAUUGGGCAGUUAAGCUUUAUAUGGCAAUAUUAAACACUGGCUGUGGAUCCAUAUGGUCUCUGACCUUUAGAGAAUAAGCAUAUACUAUGUUAAAGACCCAGAAACCUCUGUGCCUGUACUGAUCACAGUUUGCACAUUGAUUCAGUCUUUGUGCUUUGUGUGGAGUGGGCUAGUUGGAACAUUUUGAUCUUCAUCCACAGAAAUCUCUUCAUAUUUCCCACACAUUGCGCUGACUUGAUUGACCAGAUAAUGUAGCCUACUUCCAGACCAAAAUCCUGUGGCCAUUUCAACAAUAAUUUCACAUAACUUACAUGUCCAAAGAUUCAAAGUAAGUGUUUCUUAAAUCAAGCAAGGAUGUGACAUAGCAUUAAGUAGUCUGUGCAGUAGAGUUAAUUUUAUGUUUGCUUAAUUUAGCAUACAUGCAGAAUAAACAAGCUCAAGUUAAAACACUUCUAGAACUUUUAGCAAAAAGGUGACUUGUGGCCUGAUGUAAGACCCAUAAGGACUUGUCAGAUUAAGGAAUUUACGGUUUUAGGUGAAACUUUUCCAAUUACAAAAAACACUUCUCAAAUGAUUUCUUUAUUCUACAAGUUGUAACUUUCCCAAGACAAUUUCUCAAUUUAUUAUCGUCCUCUUUUCAGUGACUCUUUACACUACUGCCUUUGCAAUAUCUCCAGUAGUAUUAUUUUCAGAAUUACACAAGCUUUUUCAUUGCAGCCAUAAAUAAUGCUCUCCUUCCACCUGUUGUGUCUGGUAAAAUACUUUGUUUUCCUCACUCAUUAUUAUCACUCUAUUAUUAUUAUUAUUAUUAUUAUUAUUAUUAUUAAUGACUUUACUUUGUUUGGGAGAAUAGCCCAUGGUGUAACCUAUUUUUAAAUUGGGUGAACAUGUUGUCUAGUUCCAGAAAUGUUGGUGUCAUCAUGUCAAUUUCUUGUCAGGUCAGACAAAAUCUGGGGCCAGGUUACAAAAAAUGUACAAGUUGUCUAUUCCCGCUGGCUGCUUUUACCUUAAAUAAUAAUGAUAUGUACAUACUGCUUUAUAAGUACUGUCUUAACAUGUUUUGAAAAUGAAGAAAGUUACUCUAUUAAUAAACCUGAGAUAUAUUUGUUUA